AUGGUCCCAAAUCCGAAGUGCGCCACUCGGAAUCCGAAGAGUGCGGCUCCGAAUCCGACGACCACAGCUCCAAAUCCGAAAAGAGGGGUCCCCAAUCUGAAGGAAGCGGUUCCGAAUCCAAAGAGAGCUGUUCCGAAUCCGAAGAGAGCUCUUCCAAAUCCGAAGAGUGCUAUUCCGAUUCCGAGGAGUGCGGCCCCACUCUUGAAAAGAGCUUGA